GUAAGAGUGAGGUGGAGGAGGACAUUCCAGUCCAUGUGACCACAGCAUGCAAGAGUGAGAAGAUUUACAGGAAGCCAAAUACUGGAUUAUAUCUUGGAUGAAAAUGAGGCAGAGGACACAGAGCAGCAUAGCGAUAUGGAUGAGCAGGAUUCUGAGGCAGAAGAUGAAGUAGAGUAUCAACCAGAAUACACAGACACAUCUGAUGAGUCUGAUGAGGAGGCCACCAGUGCUGAACCUGCUGCUGUUCCUGCUGAAACAUUCAAAUCCAAAAGUGGUAAGAUCUGUUGGAGUUCAGAACCUCCUGACUUGCAUGGCAGGGCAGCUGCUGCAGAUGUAAUCAAAAUGACCCCUGGGAUCACAAGGUUUGCUGUGACGAGAGUAAGUGACAUCAAAACAUGUUUUGAACUGUUCAUGCCAUUGUCACUAAAAAAAGUGAUCAUUGCAAUGACAAACCUUGAAGGAAAAAAAGUCCAUGGCAACAUGUGGAAUGACAUAAAUGAGGAAUGCCUAGAUGCUUAUAUUGGUGUUCUUCUUCUUGCUGGAGUGUACAGAUCAUAUAAUGAGGCCACUGAUAGUCUCUGGGACAAGUCAAGAGGCAGAUAUAUCUUCCCAGCAACAAUGUCACUUCACACCUUUCGAAUGAUAUCAAGAGUUUUCAGAUUUGACAACAGAGAUACUAGAGCAAAAUCUGACAAGCUUGCUCCCAUAAGGGAUGUCUGGGAGAAAUGGGUUCAGCUCCUUCCACUAAUGUUUAACCCUGGGCCUCAGGUAACAGUAGAUGAACGUUUGAUCCCUUUCCGUGGAAAUUGCCCCUUCCGGCAGUAUAUGCCCAGUAAGCCAGGCAAAUAUGGCAUAAAAAUCUGGGCAGCCUGUGAUACAAAAACAAGCUAUGCAUGGAACCUACAGAUUUACACCGGCAAACCCGAAAGUGGCAUCCCUGAGAAAAAACAAGGACAACGUGUAGUCCUUGAUUUGACUACUGGACUGCGGGGCCACAAUAUCACGUGUGACAAUUUUUUUACCAGCUAUGACCUUGGACAAGAACUUCUCAGGAGGAAACUCACCAUGGUAGGCACAAUAAAAAAAAAUAAACCUGAGCUGCACACUGAAAUUUUGCAGGUGAAGGACAGAGCUCCACUUUCUUCAAAAUUUGCUUUUACAGACACCACCACUGUUGUUUCAUAUUGUCCCCAAAAAAAUAAAAAUGUGAUACUUAUCUCCACUUUUCACAAAGAUGCAGCUGUGUCAUCGAGAAGUGACAAAAAGCCCACAAUUCUCCUGGAUUACAAUAAAAACAAAGGAGGAGUGGACAACCUGGACAAGCUGACUGCUACCUAUACUUGUCAGCGAAUGACCAGGAGAUGGUCGAUGGCUGUGUUUUAUAACAUCCUAGAUGUGUCUGCAUACAAUGCAUUUGUGUUAUGGACCCACAUCCACCCAGGUUGGAGCACAAAAAAAAAUAACAAGCGGAGAAUAUUUCUCGAGGAGCUAGGAAGUUCCCUUGUCAAGGCACACAUUGAGCAAAGGAAACGGGUGUCUCGAGAUCCAAUCGCUGCAGCCGUGAUCAGACAGAUGCAGAGUUCAUCAAGCACUCCAUCCACACCAUCAACAACACAAAGAGAGUCAGUGCCAGCAUCCUCAUCAUCAUCUAGCCUUGCCUCAACAUCAACCAGCACAGCCACAACUCCAGUGAUGCCAUCUGAGUCUAAAAGAAAGAGGUGUCAGGUCUGCCCCAGCAAUAAGGACAGAAAGACACACACAUUAUGCUUCCACUGUAAAAAAUAUAUCUGCAAAGAACAUGCUAAAAGUGUCAGCUUUUGCCACACAUGCAUCUAAAAACACCCACACAAACACAUGCAAGUUCUUGCACAAAGAUGCUUUGAAACUAGUACUUGAUUUCUAUUGGUUUGCCUUGCUUGAUUGUGGUGUUUGACCUUGCAAGUCUACAUUUUGUAUUGUAUUGCUUUUCAUUG